AUGUCUUCAGAAUCAGAAAAGGACAAAGAGAGGCUGGUGCAAGCCGCCAAAACACUUUUCUUUCACAUGCAAGAUCUUGUUGCCUUCACUAACACGCUUAUUGAAUUGUUUAACAGCACAAUGAAUACCCAGAUCCACUCCAUGGCUGUGAAAGAACAUGAUAAUGUUAAGAAUGUCUUUGAACAAAUAUUCACAAUUUUUAAAGAGAUGCAAUCUGUCCUGGAGGCAAAGUAUGACCAGAUGCAAAAGGAACCUUUAUGUUCCAAGAUUGCAACAGCGGUUUGCUCUAUGGUUGAAAAGAAUACCAAUGUAAAGGAGUUGCAGCAGUCAGCUAAAGAAAUGUUCAAAAACGUUCAGACACCAAUCAUUGUCGCUGCCCUGAAUAGCAGUAACAUCCUUAGCAGUUUGGAAUCUUCUUUUUCACUCCUGAUGACAUAUCCCAUCAUGAAUCUUCAGUUAAGUGACCUCUAUAGAAAAGACACCGAAGACCAAUCAGAUGCCAACACAUCGGAGAAAAACAAAAGUCUGGGUCAAUCCAAAAUUGGUAUAGUAGACAUCUUGAAAAAAUUGCAGGAUGCGCUAAAAGCUGAGCAUGUCAAGAAUACCAUCGAGUCAGCUGCAGAUCAGUUGGAGCAAAUUGUCAAAACUAUGGGACCAAUUUUAGAGGUCCUCAAAAAAGCCAUAAGUACUAUGGAAUCCAAGAUUCCUGUGCCCAAGAAAGCCAAUGACCAGUAG